AUGGAGAGCGGGAUGCUGCUGUCUGGCAGGCAGCGAGCGCUGAUCCGGGAGAGCUGGCAGCGGGUGAGCGGCAGCCCCGAGCAGCACGGCCUCGUCCUCUUCACCAGGUUGUUUGACUUGGACCCUGACCUGUUGCCCCUUUUCCAGUACAACUGCAAGCAGUUUGCCAGCCCUCAGGAGUGCCUCUCUGCCCCUGAGUUCCUGGAUCACAUCAGAAAGGUGAUGCUGGUGAUUGAUGCUGCUGUGAGCCACCUGGAGAACUUGUCCUGCCUGGAAGAGUAUCUCUGCAACCUUGGCAAGAAGCACCAGGCAGUCGGUGUGAAGGUCGAGUCUUUUUCGACUGUCGGCGAGUCCUUGCUGUACAUGCUGGAGAAAUGCCUUGGCACUGCCUUCAGCCCAGACGUGCGGGAGGCUUGGAGCAAACUCUAUGGUGCUGUGGUGAAAGCCAUGCGACGCGGCUGGGAGACCCUCCCGGAAGGGUGCUAG